AUGGGAAAGGUUCACGGAUCGUUGGCGCGUGCCGGAAAGGUCAAGUCUCAGACCCCCAAGGUUGAGCCCCAGGAGAAGAAGAAGACCCCCAAGGGCCGCGCGAAGAAGCGUCUCACAUACACCCGCCGCUUCGUCAACGUCACCCUUACCGGUGGCAAGCGCAAGAUGAACCCCAACCCUACCGCUUAA